CUUGAGUUAACAUGUAAACAUGGCGAAAGAAAAUAUUUGACAGAUACAGGUCGAUUUCAAAACACCAUUUAUAGUGUCUCAAUUGAGGGUUAUUUGUUGUGUAACUUAAAAGGCAGUCAUGCCGGUGUCAGCUAAGAAGGAUGGGGCCAAGAAAGGUCUGUAUAUAGCGAAGAGUAUGAGUGAGUUGAACAAGAUGGCUGAACUACCCGCGAAACUGAAGACCAAUAAUGCGAAAAUCUUGGUGAAGACUGCGGACAAAAUGUUGAAGGAGGCGGAACACAGUGAACUCAUGCAGGACGAAGAAAGGGCUUACGUCCUCUUCAUGAAGUACUUCAAUGUUGUUACCUACCUCAAAAAGACGUCUGAUUACAGGAAAGAAAAGACGUACUACGACAACCUGCUUGGAUCCAAAAACCUUCUCUCAGCCAUUGACAAUGCCGAACAACUAUCUGGGAGCUUAAAAGAAAGAUUUGACCUCAUUGAGGCGGAGUCAGUUGCAGAAAAGCUUUCCUCAUUGGAUAAAUCACAGGACGACAGUGGAAAGACAAAAAUCCCUGGCGGAAAAGGAAAUGAUGUAAAAAUAGAUGAACCACAAGAAACUGCCAAGACAAAACCAGAGCCAACUCCACCUGCUCCUCAAUCCGAACCGGGUAAAGUCACAUGUGCCCAGCUGUACACGAUGUUACAGGACCGGGACACACAGAUGAUACUGAUGGAUGUCAGACCUAUGGAAGACUUCCAGGACUCCAGAAUUAACCACAAGGCCAUCAUUAAUGUUCCUGCAGGAGCUAUAAAGCCAGGAACAACAGUGACCGUCAUAGAAAAAGCGUUACCGAUGGAUUCAAUGUCGCUAUGGAAACAAAGAGGCAACAUUGACCACAUCAUUUUACUGGACAGGAACUCUCGUACUGACAAUGUGAAGAUUGGAUCUACAUUACAGACUCUAAAAGACGCUAUUUUCAAGUAUGAUAGUACUGUUAUCAUCAAAAGUGAGCCACUGAUUUUGGAUGGUGGAUAUGAAGACUGGAUGCUGGCGUAUCCAACCACAUGUCUUAACCCGUCCUUUGAAAAGCUUACAAAACCAGUUGUCCAGAGUACACAGGGUUCAUUGUUGGACUUUGAUUAUCCUGACUUUGAUGAAGAAUUCCUCAAGCCAAAGCAGCCUGAGCAGAAACCACAAGACACAGUUUCAUUAAGUGAGAGAUUUUCUGGAUUUCAAAAUGGCGAGGUUGGGAUGAAAUCAACAUCCCUACCAACCAUUGAUAGAGCAACAAAGCCUGUUGUGGAUAGAUCUACCAAGGCGAAUCUAACAAAAAUCAUGGUAACAAACGAUGGUAGUAAAUCUGACUCAACAACUUCUCUAUAUCCAGAUGUCAGGGCAGUGUCAGGCCCAGGCUCAACUGUCAAUCAAAACAGAGGUUUUACUAAUACUGAUACCAGGUCCUCAAGUGCUAAUUUUAGUAACACUGACAGCAGGUCUGCAGUGCGAAAAAUGACUGGACAGAGUGAUAGAAUUAGUGAAUCACAGUCAAGCACAAGUUUGAACAAAGUUGCGGAUGAGUUAUCCAAUGAAUUGACAGAAUUGGACAGGCAGAAAAAACAGAGGGAAGAAGAGUUAGCAGAGCUAAAAAGAGAAAGUGAAAAAGUGAGAGAGGAAUCCAGGGCCAGACUUGAAAGAAUGCGUCAAGAAGAACAGCGGCUGUCAGAGUUGGAAGAAAUGAGAAAGAAACAGCAGACAGAUGUGGCUGACUUAUUCAGAAUGAAGCGUGAGUUACAGCAGCGAAUGGAAGAAGAACGAAGCCAGGCCGCGACCGAAGUUCAAUAUAAACAGCGUGAACAAAUGGCUAGGCAAGACGAUCUAGCUCACAUCGCUGAAGAGGAGAAAGAGAAGAAGCGGCGACAAUUUGAAGUUGAAAGACUCAGAGCGGAACGAAAGAAACGGGAGGAAGAUACGGAGACAGUGAAAUGGGAGGAGGAGACGAGGAGAAUUGUGGAACGGGAGAGGAUGGAAAGGGAAAAACGGGAAAUUGAGGAGGCACAAAAAAGAGCAAAAGAAGAAGAAGAAAAGAAGCUGAGGGAGAUUGCAGCUGCUGAGGACAGAGCUAGACAAUUACGGAUUGAAGAAGAGAAAAAGACUAUGGAUACUAAAGAAAAACACACCAUUGAGGAAAGACUAAGGCGAGAGAGAGAACUCCAAGCCCAACUGGAAAAAGAGCGUCAAGCUGCGUUAGAGGAAAGACGACGGCUUCAGGCUGAACAUGAUAGAUUAGAAGCUGAAAGAAAAGAAAAAAAGAGGCAGGAAAAAGAAAAACAGGACCGAGAAAGACUUGCUCAAGAAGAGGCAGACAGAAAAUUAGCAGACGAGGCAAGACGUGCUGCUGAUGAAAAGCUGAGGUUAAUGAAUGAAGCGAAAGCCACUCCAAAGUCCGUACCCUCUCCAAACCUUAAAGUUGGCUGGGAAAAAAAGCUUGACUAUCGGACUAACAGAUAUUUCUACAUUAAUCAUACUGAUGGAACGACUCAGUGGGAUCCACCAAACACACCAGGACCUCAAAAAGGAACUUACACAACAAAACUUAAGGAUGACAAUACUACUCCAAAGAGGGGACUCAGUAGGUCAAACUCGUCACCAAAUAUUGCAAAGAUGUUUGAAGAUGAAGGAAAAAGUCUGCCGGAGAAGAAAAUAGUGCCCUCAGUAAACAGGGGAAUUAAGCCGGUAGAAAAGCGGAUUUUACCUGCUCCCAUGCCUGCAAAGAGAAGGGACCUGAAUCCAGUCUAUGGGAGCAUGGGCCGUGCCUUAACAGGAUUGCGUAACCUUGGAAACACAUGUUAUAUGAACAGCACAAUUCAGUGUCUUAACAACACAUCACCCCUGGUUACCUACCUUCUGACUGACACAUACCUGUAUGACAUCAACAGGCAUAUGAAUGAAGGGGAACUGGUCGACGACUUUGCGUACAUUGUGAAGGCCCUUUGGUCAGAGCAAUACAGAUGUAUAACGCCCCGAGAUUUUAAGCGGGUAGCAGGCCACCACCAGCCGAUGUUUGCUGGCUAUGAACAACAAGACUCACAGGAGUUCCUAACUUUCCUUAUGGAUGGAUUGCAUGAAGGAUUGAAUAAGGUGAAAUCACGCCCAAAAAUACCUGAACAGAACAAUGACAACUUGCCAGAUAUGAAGGCUGCUGAGCUUGCUUGGCGGGACCACAAACUGCAUAAUGAGUCCAUUAUUGUGGAGUUGUUCCAGGGCCAGUUGAAAUCAUCACUGAUGUGUCUAGGAUGUAAAAAUCAGAGUGUCACAUUCCAAGCGUUUAUGUAUCUCUCCCUGCCUCUGCCCAGUUCUACAAGAUGUACAUUGGCUGACUGUUUGCGACAGUUUUCUGCGGAGGAAAAGCUUACUGAUAGACCCUGCCCAAAGUGUAAAUCCAGUCGUAGUUCCAUGAAGAAAAUAGAAAUAUGGAAGCUACCGCACAUUCUACUAAUUGCGUUUAACAGAUUCGUGUAUGAUGGACCUUGGCGAACCAAGAUCAGCACGCAUGUGGACUUUCCGACAAAAGAUGUCAGUCUAUCACCUUUUGUAAGAGGGCCUCACCCGAAGUCAUAUAAAUUGUAUGCUGUAUCCAAUCACUUUGGAACCUUAGAUGGUGGUCAUUACACAGCAUGCUGCCGAAAUCCCUGUACGAACAAGUGGUACAAAUUUGAUGACCACGAGGUUUAUGAUAUCUCGGAAUCCAGCGUCAAGACCUCAGCCGCUUACGUCCUGUACUAUACAUCGAUUGAGAUGAAACCACCAGAGUAUAAGCGCAGAUUUGAAUGAUCUUGACAAUAAUGAAGUACACAUAUGGGAGUACGAGUUCAAACUAUUGUCCCUGUACUGAUCUUUUGAAGUGAACCCACCGAAAAUCAAGCGCAGAUAUGAAUGAUAAUUGUAAUAUGUUCAGAAAGGAACUGCUCUACUUUGUAAUUUAUUGAUAUGAUCUAGCUAAAGAACUUCAGCGAACACGUUUAACUUAUAUAUUACCUUUUUGUGUUCGCUGAAGAGAAUGCCGUAUCCAAACCCUACCAGAAUUCGUGACAUUUUUAUGUCACGCUGUUAUUUCACUUGUAUGCAUUGUACAGACAAAAUAGCUGUAUUCUUAGGUAAAUGAAGUAAAAUGUAGUUCACAAACUCAUUUUCAAAACCAAAAAACGCUUUAAAGAUAGUUGAUUUAGCAUUUUAAUAAAUCCUUUUACAAGCAUUCCUUAUCUAGGUCAUAGUUGUGUUCAAAUUUAAUCACGUGACACCAAGAUUUUCAGAAAAUACCCAUGUGACCUAGUGUUUAUUUUGCUGUUAUUUUUUCUAUUUCGAAUAAUUAAUAAAUAACUAAUAACAAAUUUGGAAUAAAUAAAUAGUUUUUACUUUUCAAAAGGUAUUUACAGCCUUACUGCAAUUGGAUUCAACUAAAUGAACAAUGUGAAUCCGAUGCUAUAAAUAGAAUCCAUCGACGUCAUCAUGGUCAUGUGAUUGCAUUGCAUCAUCACACUCAAUUGAUUCUGGUUGACUUUACUAUGGGGGUUACGCCAUAACUUUAAUGUGUUGUAAACAUCAAAAAAAAAUAUAUCAACAUUAAAGUUAUGGAAGCCAGAACUAGAUAUGAUCAAUUGCUGUUUUACAAAUAAACCAGACGAAGAAGUUAUGCUAUUAAAUUUUCUGAGUUUUGCGUUAGUGUUAUAGGUUAUUAACUUUAUGUUGUUAAAGGCCAUUGAAUUUCAAUUUACUGAAGUUCCAAUUGUUAGAGGAUAUUGAAUUUACUAAACUUUCUGUUGUUAGAGGUUAUUGAAGUUACGUAA